UUUGUUUCUCUUGCAGUGGUGUAAGUUCGAUGAUGACGUCGUUUCACGGUGCACUAAAGAAGAGGCCAUUGAACACAAUUACGGUGGUCACGAUGACGACUUGUCAGUGCGUCACUGCACCAACGCUUACAUGUUGGUGUACAUCAGAGAGUCCAAGCUCAGUGAGGUCUUGCAGCCGGUCACAGACAUGGAUAUCCCUCAGCAGCUGGUUGAGAGGCUGCAGGAGGAGAAGAGGGUGGAAGCCCAGAAGAGAAAAGAGAGGCAGGAGGCUCACCUUUACAUGCAAGUACAGAUGGUGACAGAAGACCAGUUCUGUGGGCAUCAGGGCAACGACAUGUAUGAUGAAGAGAAAGUAAAAUACACAGUGUUCAAAGUUCUGAAGAGCUCCACUCUGGCGGAGUUUGUUCAGAACCUCUCACAGACCAUGGGUUUCCCACAGGACCAGAUGAGACUGUGGCCAAUGCAGGCCAGAAGCAACGGCACUAAACGGCCGGCCAUGUUGGAUUAUGAAGCAGAUUGCAACAAGUCUAUGAUCGACUUGAGUGAUAACGAGAACCCCUGGACAAUAUUUCUGGAAACUGUAGAUCCAGAAAUGGCCGCCAGCGGUGCAACGUUACCCAAGUUCGACAAAGACCAUGAUGUUAUGUUGUUCUUGAAGAUGUAUGAUCCAAAAACCAGAAGCUUAAAUUAUUGUGGACAUAUCUACACGCCUAUAUCCUGUAAAAUACGAACAUAUCACUAA